UUACAUGCCAGGCUCCUCCCCCUACAGUGCCCAGAGAAGGUGAGAAGACCCGGACACAUCCUGGAAUCAUGCUGCAUGUGAGGAGGCUGGUGACCCGCUCCUGUGCGGGACUACGAUGGCACCACUGCGCCGCGGCCGAAGUCAAGAACGAGCCGAUCCUGGAAUUCAACCACGGCAGCCCCGAGAGAGCCGCUCUCCAGAAAGCACUCCAUGAACUGGAAGAUAAGACGGAGGAGAUCCCGUGUGUGGUUGGAGGAGAAGCGGUGUGGACCAAAGACAUCAGAUACCAGGUUUCGCCGUUUAAUCAUUCUCACAAAGUGGCCAAAUAGUGCUAUGCCGACCAGGAACUCCUCAACAAAGCCAUCAAUGGCGCGCUAUACGCCCGCAAGGAAUGGGACCGCCGGCCGCCCGAGGACCGCGCACAGAUCUUCUUCAAAGCCGCCGACCUUCUGAGUGGCCCCCGGAGAGCCGAGGUUCUGGCCAAGACCAUGAUUGGACAGGGCAAAACCGUUAUCCAGGCCGAAAUCGACGCGGCCGCUGAGCUCAUCGACUUUUUCCGAUUCAACGCCAAGUACGCCUUGCAGCUGCAGCACGAGCAGCCAAUCAGUGUGCCGAUCAGUACCAACACUCUGGUGUACCGCGGCCUGGAGGGAUUUAUUGCCGCCGUCUCUCCGUUCAACUUCACCGCCAUUGGAGGAAACCUGGCCGGGGCUCCGGCGUUGAUGGGAAAUGUCGUCCUGUGGAAGCCCAGCGAUACGGCCAUACUGGCCAGUUAUGCGGUAUACAACGUCCUCCGUGAAGCCGGCCUUCCCCCCAACAUUAUACAGUUUGUCCCGGCAGAUGGCCCGGUCUUCGGAGAUACCAUCACCGGCUCCGAACACCUCAGCGGAAUCAAUUUCACAGGAAGCUUUCCAACCUUUAAGCGGCUUUGGAAACAAACUGCAGAGAAUCUGGACCGGUACCGGACCUUUCCCCGCCUGGCUGGAGAAUGCGGUGGGAAAAACUUCCACUUCGUGCACAAGUCAGCCGACGCCGAGAGCGUGGUGUACGGCGCCAUCCGAUCGGCCUUCGAGUACAGCGGUCAGAAAUGCUCGGCCUGCUCGCGGCUCUACGUUCCCGACUCUCUGUGGCCCCGGAUCAAAGCCAGGCUGCUGGAGGAACACGCCAAGAUCAAAGUGGGAAAUCCCGCCGAUGACUUCAGCACCUUCACCUCCGCCGUUAUUGAUGAAAAGUCCUUCAGGCGGAUACAAGGCUGGAUCAAACACGCCAAAGAGUCGCCCAACCUCGCCGUCCUGGCCGGAGGGAAGUGCGAUGACCGAGUUGGAUACUUUGUAGAACCCACAAUCAUCGAGACCAAAGAUCCCAGAGAGAAGAUCAUGGCGGAGGAAAUCUUCGGACCGGUGUUGGCGGUUUACGUGUAUCCAGAAAACGAGUAUAAGGACGUCCUGAAACUGAUAGAUUCCACUUCCCCGUACGGCCUCACGGGGGCAGUGUUUGCCCAGGAUAAGAAUGUUCUACAAGAAGCUACAGAGGUUCUGAGGAACGCCGCAGGGAACUUCUACAUCAAUGAUAAAUCCACGGGGGCCGUUGUGGCCCAGCAGCCCUUCGGAGGGUCCCGAGCAUCAGGUACAAACGACAAGCCCGGAGGUCCCCAUUACAUCCUCCGCUGGACCUCCCCGCAGGUCAUCAAGGAAACGCACGUCCCUCUGCGGGAAUGGAAGUACCCCUACAUGCAAUGAGAUGGGCGCCAUCUUCUUGUUUUUACCUAUUAUAAGGAAUGAACAAUUUUACUUUCCAGACUACUAAUUCAUCCAACCGCAGAGCAGCGUUCUACAACCAAGAUUUUAAAUUUAAAUAUAUAUUUUAGCUACAAUAAUCUGUUUUUAAAAAUGAGAAACAAUUUUUUUUUUUUUUACUAUUAUGGACACCCAGAUGACCGAGGAAAAACUACAAGGAAGAUCCAGAGAUUGUGACAAUUAAAAACGCGGCACCUAUGGACGCAACGCGCUGGGGUGGGGGUCAUCUGGCCCAAUGGUAGCUUGAGGGAGGGGAGGGGGGGUUGCUGUGGAUGGGGAAAUUAUAAUGCUGCUGGUGGUAUUUUAUUUAAAGGAGACCUGUGUGUCCCAAUCAGUGCUGCCUCUUCAGUGCACAUCAGUGAAGGACAAAAAUUACUUAUUUACAACAUUUUAUAACAGACACAUUGGCAAUCGAAAAUAGCGAUGGCUAUAGUCUCUCUGAAAUAAUACAUCUUUUUUUUUUUUUUUGUAUAUUGAAUAAACUACCUUGUCAGUCCGUCUUACAAUGUGGCCUGAUCAAGAUGCUUACAUACUCUCCAGUGGAUCUAACAUACCCGUAUAUACCUCGAGUAUAAGCCGAGGCACCUAAUUUUACAA